UUUUUAUUUUCGUCUGUUCCAUUUGUUCUUUUGCUUUCUUCUUUCUUCUUGACCUUGCUGUCUGAGUUUUGAGACCAAUCAUCGUCCCCAACUCAACUCGACAGCCAAACUAGCUGGUCAACCUUUUUAAUUUGUAUCAGAAAAUGGCGCAAAACAACUUGAAGGAGAUUUACCGCGAGCUUGUCUCGAUCGACAAGCGCGGUGUCUUCAAUGACGAAGCUACUCUCCAGAUGGACGAGGAGAAUCCUCUCAAGAUCAUGCUCGAGCUCACGCCCAAGUCGGGUUUCUACGAAGGCGGCCGAUUCAAGUUCCGCAUCUCCCUCCCCAAGGAUUACCCCAACUCGCGGCCAACCGUGUCCUGUUUGCAAAAGAUGUACCAUCCCAACAUUUCGCACGACGGCCACAUUUGCUUCAACAUUCUGUCGUCCGACUGGGACGCGUCAAUCCGAGUUGAACAGCUCGUGAACUGCUUGCUUUGGCUGCUCCAAGUGCCAAACCUGGACUCCCGGCUGAACGGCAAUGUCACCCACAACAUGGCCGAGUUUGAGCGUCUCGUACGCGUGUCGAUGGCCGGCGGCAAGGUCAAUGGCACCACGUACCCUCGCACGCUGAUCGCGCCCAUGUCCGCCUUGGACGUGCUGCUGAUGCUCAUCAGCGUCGGCAAGAAUCGCGAAGCAGCUGUGGUUGGCGAUCCCGCGGCACCAAUCAGCGGCAUUGCUCUGACCACUAUCGCCACCUUGCCCGAGCGAAACAACGUGAUUGAGCGAAUGCCGCUCCUGCUGGCUUUCAACAAGGCCGGGUUGUGUCUGGACGAGAUCACCCUGUUCGUGAUGCCUUCCACUCGGUGUUACUCGAUUGUCGACUGCGCGCGACUGAUGCGCAACAACAACGUCUGCGAAAACGAGGUGGUCAAGGAGUUGGUGCUUGAGGACAGCAACUCGCAGGCAUGGCUCGUCCUUGCCCACGGCGCCCAGCCCGUCAAUUUGGCGCGGAUGAGCAAGCUGGCCAACACGGAACUGGCGCUGGCCAAGCGUUCCUCGAUUGGACGUCUGCUGCCUGAUUGCGAGGCGCGCACGGUGAACAUUGGCACCACCUCUGUGCCUCAGACUCGCAUUGUGGUUCACGAGUCCAUCCUUCGCUUUGAGCACGUGUACAUGAAGACGGGCCUGGGAACUGUUGUGGCAAAGGUUCCCACCAAGAUGAUCCUGCAGCUGUUGCCUGCCGCCAUUCUGUGCACCGAUGAGGAGAUGGAGCUCGCUGCCGACCCACAACCUGAAUCCACUCCUCGGCAAGAUCAGGGUUUUGCUGUUGUUGCUGCUGCCCUGCAGCAGGAUCAGACUGCUGCUGCCGCUAUUCCCGAAGCUCAGGCUCUCAAGGAAGAAUUGACGGUUCCAACCGCCACGGACGAGGUCUCGAUUUUGCAGCAGGAGCCACGGACAAACCCCGAUACCGAGCCCUUGUCUCAACAGCUCGAUGAACUGAUUACACGAGUUGUUGUUCAGCAAAUGGAGCAGCUGCGACUGCUCUCUGCCGCAGGGUCAGAGUCAACCGCCAGCGCUGCCCAGCCUUCCGCUGCUCCCGUCCCCGUUCGCUCUUUGCUGGGGUCUGUACAGGCAUGGUUUUCCAAGCCCGCCACUGCCUGAUUUGAGUGCUGCCUGAUUUGAGUGUUUUGUCAUGUAUGUUAAUAGUUGCACUAUAGUUGUCCCUCAUCAAAAACCCCCUUAAACAACCCCC